CGCUUCCGUAUAGUAGCCAAUUAAUUGUGAUGAGCAUUCGUAUUAGCGGUGCUCACUGUGUGGUAAAAGUCGUAUCAGCCUUAUCAGACGCAGUAACAAUGGCAGUGCAGGGUGACAAUAUUAUGGCGAUCUGCCAGAAUUUAUAUAAAUUUACGCUAAAGGUUUAGCAUCCACAGGAUUCAACUCUAGUUCUUCGUUUUUAACUGCAGCAGCUGUUGUUCAGUGCUAAUCGGUUGCAUCAGCCUCCUUCAUCAUGAAACGCGAAGCGAUUUUGGUUGGUACCCUAUUAGGGUCAAUGUUAGCUGGUAUUUGUUAUGCAGCGCCGGAAGUCUGUUGUGCGGAUUUAGGCUGUUUCAACAACGACGGAUGGUUUCAUGUAAUUAACAGGCCAAUAAGUUCCUUACCUAACUGUGACCACCUGAGCCGAUUCCGACUGCAUCUCAACACCCGCAGUAAUCCUGAUACCACAACAAUCAUCGAUCCUUACCGGCAGCCCAGCAUAACCGAAUCUGGAUUUCAGUUUGAUAAGGACACAAAAAUUAUUGUUCAUGGUUUCACGGAUAACUACGCUUGGAGCUGGUGGGCUGACGUGAAGACAGCAUAUCUGGAAGAUGCCGAUGUUAACGUUAUUCGCGUGUACUGGUCGACCGCGAAUACUCCGCCACUGGUGCAGGCUGCCGCAAAUGCUCGCUUAUUGGGAGCAUAUGUGGCCAAAUUUGUCAAGCUGCUUCGAAGUGAUUACAACUACAGUCCAUCCAGAGUUCACUUGAUCGGACACAGUUUGGGAGCCCAAGUCGUUGGCUAUAUCGGGGCAGAUGUCGGGAAAAACGGAACUAAGGUCGCCAGGAUCACCGGCAUCGAUCCAGCCGGAAUGUAUUUCCAAAAUAUGCCUAAUUUUGUUCGUUUGGAUCCGUCGGAUGCCGAAGUGGUGGACACAAUCGUUACGGACGCUGGAUCAAUUCUACAAAUGGCCUUCGGAAGCACGCAAAACAUGGGACAUUUAAACUUUCAUGUUAACGGAGGCUCGGACCAGCCUGGAUGUGAUCAGAGUUUGAUUAGCACGAUAAUUAGUGGACCAACCUCAUUCAACACUUCCUCCUUCGACACUGCGGCGACAGUUACUCAGACCGGGUACCAGGCUGUCAUGUGCAACCAUUAUCGAGCAUUGGCCGUUUUUACAGAAACCAUCAACCGUCGCAAGUGCCCACUGACCGCUUACCACUGUAGCAGCUAUGCAGAAUUCCUUCAGGGAAAAUGCUUCACUUGUAAGAACGGAGGAUGCUCCAAAUUAGGCGAACAUCAGAAUUCAUCUCUUGCUGAAAACGUCCAGCAAAAAACAUUUUACACUUUCACGACGGAUCGACCAUCCUACUGCACCAAUGCCUACCGCUUAAAAUUCAAGUUACAAGGAAAGAACGUGGCAAGCGACUCUAGAGAAGAAGAAGGGCAUGUAUACCUGACACUUCAAGGAUCGCAAGGAUUCAGCAGUCGUUUCCAGCUAACUGCUGAGGAAACUGAGUUCAAACCCGGCCAGGAAUACGGUUUCUUGUUCCAUACUCCACAGCAGUUCGGCAGCGUAGUCGCAUUGACCUUCGAGUGGGAUGCCCGGUUCAAUAUUCUCAAUCCCACGGAAUGGAUACGACGGCAUUAUCUGUUUAUCGACGGCAAUCUGGAGCUGACAACACAGGAUGAGGUCACCACAUACUUCCGCCUGCCGUCCAACCGAGUCGAAGAGGAGAAACCCGUGCGAGCAAAUUUGGUGUCACGCUUUUAAUUGCACAGUACUGGUCAGCACAGUACAUUUGUAAUAUUGUGCUCAACUGUACCUUAAUUUAAGAAUGUCUUGUAAUUUUGUAAAAAAGUCAGAUUCUUUUAUAGUGACUAUUGUUGCGAGUACUUGAUAACAAUUUUCCGCAGCAACUCUUUACACUGUACAGAUAGGCUCUGCACCCCAUCUCCUUCCAAGCCUGGUACAAUUUCGAACAAAACGUUGGCGGUAAAUAACUUGAAAAACAAAAAUUAU